GAUCCAUGGUUUGGUUUUGGAGACUGGAGUAGUUUUAGAUUCCAUUGUUUUGUUUCUGGGAAUUCUUCAAAGAUGUCAUCCGUCUUCUUCAUACUAUCACUUUCCAUCGUCUCGCUUCUUCUCCCUUCGAUCUCUUCCCACGAGUUUAAGCUAGAUGGGAAGGUGUUGGUUCUUGAUGAGUCCAACUUCGAUGCUGCAAUUUCAUCCUUCGACUUCAUCUUCGUUGAUUUUUAUGCCCCAUGGUGUGGCCACUGCAAACGUCUUAGUCCAGAGUUAGAUAAAGCUGCUCCUAUGCUUUCUGGAUUGAAGAAGCCCAUUGCGAUUGCAAAAAUAGAUGCUGAAAAGUAUUCACGUCUUGCUACAAAAUAUGAAAUAGAUGGGUACCCCACCUUAAAGAUUUUUAUGAAUGGAGUUCCCACUGACUACUAUGGCCCAAGAAAAGCAGACAAAUUAGUUCGAUACUUGAAGAAAUUUGUUGCUCCUGAUGUUACUCUUCUUGAAUCCGAUUCUGGUGUUGCUGAGUUUGUUGAAGCAGCUGGAACAUUUUUCCCUAUAUUCAUAGGGUUUGAUGUUGAUGAGUCAGCAUUAUCAAAAGUGGCGAUUAAAUUCAAGAAAAAGGCAUGGUUUUCUGUAGCAAAAGAUUUCUCAGAGAAAGCCAUGGACUUAUAUGAUUUUGAUAAAGCACCUGCUUUGGUAGCUCUUCAUCCAAGCUUCAAUGAACAAAACGUCUUUUAUGGUCCAUUUGAAGAUAAGUUUGUGGAAGAGUUUAUUCAACAGAGUCUUUUGCCAUUAACCCUGCCAAUCAGUCCAGACAGUUUAAAGCUGUUGAAAGAUGAUAAGAGGAAAAUAGUUUUGACAAUUUUUGAGGAUGAAACACAUUACGAAGCAAAGCAGUUUAUAAAGUUACUGAGAGGUGCUGCAUCUGCAAAUCGUGAAUUUGUAUUUGCAUAUGUGAGUUUUAACCAAUGGCAAGAGUUUGCUGAGGCUUUUGAAGUUGAUGGGAAAACUUCAUUGCCUAAAAUGGUGGUUUGGGAUGGAAAUGAAAUAUAUUUCUCAGUUAUUGGGUCAGAAAAGAUUGAGAGUGAGGAUCAAGGAUCACAAAUCACGCUGUUUCUUGAAAGAUAUAAAGAUGGGAAAACUAUCGAGAAGACAUUUGGGCCUUCGUUUUUUGGGUAUAUAACUUCACUUCUUGGAAUGAGGACUGUGUACAUCCUUGUGUUUUUGGUUGCUGUCAUAUUUCUUAUUGCAACCAUUGGAAAAGAAGAACCGCUGGUGGUUGGUGGUCGGGACCGCUCUGAACUUGCUGCUGCAGCCGCUGUUGCUGAUAGCAGAGAUGAACGUGCAUCUGAUGACAAGGAAGAUUAGAUGAUAGGAGCAACAGGAUUUGUUUUUGGAAGUGUUUAUGACAACUUUUCUGUAUUUGUUUUGACUUUUCAUUUUCAACUAUUGGUUGGUUGGUAGAUUUUAUGUUGCUACAGGUGUAAGUUAUCCACAAUAGAAGCAAUUCGUACCAUUAUUUGAAAA